GAGGUGCGUCAGCGCGCGCAGAGCGGAGCAGCGCGAGGACACGCGAGGAGGCGCGGGAGAGCUGUUUACUACCGAGCGCUAGUUCACUGGUUUACCGGGGCGCAGCACCGCGCGCACACGCCCAGACACGAGGCCACGAAGGGCUCAGAGCUGUAAUCUCGGUGAAAGCUGAAGGUUGAUACCAAUAUGCAGUCAGCAACUGCUAAGUGGUAUGACAGACGGGAUUCUGUCUUCAUCGAAUUCUGUGUAGAAGACAGCAGAGAUGUUGAAGUGAAAUUUGACAAAUCAAAACUUGAUUUCAGUUGUGUAGGUGGAGUUGAUACUGUCAAAUAUCAUAAUGAAGUAGACCUUUUCGAGGCCAUCGACCCAAAUGAGUCGAAACACAAACGUACAGACAGAUCUGUGUAUUGUUGUCUAAAAAAAGCAGAAUCUGGCAAGUCGUGGCCUAGGUUAACAAAAGACAAAGCAAAGCUUAAUUGGCUCAGUGUUGACUUCAAUAACUGGAAAGACUGGGAAGAUGAUUCAGAUGAAGAGUUGUCCAGCUAUGACCGUUUCUCAGAGAUGAUGAACAACAUGGGUGGGGAAGAUGAUCUGCCUGAGAUGGAUGGUGCAGAUGAUGAAGAAUCUGCAGAUAGCGAUGAUGAAAAGAUGCCAGAUCUUGAGUGAAUCUGCAAAGGAUGUCAUGUGGCAGAAACGAGGAUCAUCGUAUAACUGUUAUUUGAAGAAAAAGGCUAGUUAUGAGUAGGAUGAUUAUUAUUGGGGGGAGAAUCAACAAACAAAACAAGGCCUACAUUUUGAGCUGUUUUCCAAGCUCUGUGUGUCACGCGAGUGUCACUCCAGAGUGGUACCAUUUGUGUUGGUGGCUGUCUUCAGCCAUCAGCAGUGCUGUCUUUACCUUUUUAUUCUGCAUGGACAAUUUGAAGUUCUCCAUGAUGUUUUUGUGGAUUCUAGUUAUCGUCCAUUUACUCAGCAGUGGAUGUGGAGGUGGGAAGUGCAGAGAGGAUCAAUCUUCGCCUUUACCCUGGGUAUCAGUAAGAUUGUCCGUUAUAUAGCAUAUACACGUUGUAACCCCCAGUGACAAAAAGAUACAUGAUGCGUUUCCCCAUUCACAUUAGACCUGGUUCAGACUGUAAAUUUCAUUUCAGUUUUUAUGUUAAUUUAAUUUUUUUUUUUUGUGGGAUUAAAACAGGCAUUCUCAGGCUUGUGCUAUAUUUUUUCAGCUGCAAAUACUAGCCAAAACAUUUACUGGAUUUAAACAUAGCUGCAUUUGAAGUUGAUGAACUUGCUCGUUCUGCUUCACAGAUAAACACUUCUAUAGACAUUCUAGGUGGGGUUUUGUCCAUGAAAUAGGCUGACGUAUAAAUCAGUUAUGUUGAAAGUACAUAGUCCUGUCUGUACACAUCACUUUACAAGAUGAGUUCAAUACAGUAGUAUCAUCAUUGUUCGUCACAUUCGAAAGUGUAGCAGGCAUCUGAACACUGAUAUCUUCCAUAUAUGUAAAAAGAAGUGAUACAAUGUGAGCUUCACCGCUGUACAGAACAAAAGGGUAACUUAUCAAUAGCUGACCAAAUUGUGUUUGCACUCCUAAUAUCAAUGCAAAUGUGAGUAAAACGAAAAGAUGUUGUGCUAACCUGAUGCUGCAGGUUGAGGAACUUCAGUUUGUUAAGCGCAGUGGGGUUUUGUCUACAUAUUUCUAAUAAACUGUCUCUAAACAAA